AUGACGUAUUGCCGUUAUUUGUGUCUCCUAGCGAUGCUUUUCAUUUCGUCUAAAAUAUCCCACAAUGAAGUGGCAACGUUUCUAUUCUACAUAUUGACAAAAAAUGACGAAAACGGAUGUCGUAUUGUCGGAUACUUCUCGAAGGAAAAGAAUCCCAGUAGAAACAACAACUUGUCGUGCCUACUGACCAUCCCAAAUGAGCAGAGGAAUGGAUAUGGGCACCUGCUUAUCGAUAUGAGUUAUCAGCUCUCGAGCAUUGAGAGAAAGGUCGGUUCUCCUGAACAUCCACUGUCGGACCUUGGGCUGUUCGCGUAUAGGAAGUAUUGGAAAUCCUGCAUAUUGUGCUAUCUCAGGCGAAAACUCGCGUUCAAGUUCCCGUUGUCAUUGUUGAGGCGACGGGUUGUUCAACCUUCUCGAAUCCAAUGGACACCUGAUUUCGAUGUGACCACGCUUGAUCCGCACAAGCUUAAUCAUUACGCGUAG